AUGGCGCGCAAGCAUAUAUCAAAAGAAGCUGGGUGUCUCAGAUGUGGAAAUGAAGAUGAAACAGUAAAUCAUGUGCUCUUUCGGUGCCCUUUUGCUCGACUAGUGUGGGCUAUCUCUCCAAUUCCAGCUCCUCCUGAAGGGAAGGAGUAUGAGGCGAGAAGUGUCCUAACAAAGGCAAGUGAGGAUGCUGAGGAAUGGCAGGGAAGGAAAACGGUAGAAAGAAGUGAGGCUGAAAGAACUGAGGUUAAGCGGCCCAUAAACAUUAACCAAGAUAAGCGUAGGGUUCCUCCUCCUAAGAGUUGGCUGAAGUGUAAUAGCGACGGCGCGUGGCAUAAAGACAGAGAAAUCAGCGGCUUAGGUUGGAUAUGCAGGGAUGAGAAUGGUAAUGUUUUGUGGGCAGGGGCGAGAGAUGUGACAAGAGCGGCAUCAGCCAUUCUUGCAGAAGCAUAA